AUGGCUUCCUCCCAGCCAGCUACCCCAAUUCUUGGCGACACAUACGAACCGGUAAGCGAGCCAAACCGACGUCAGAAUGUCGCUUCGAUCGCGUACAAUGCAGUACUGAAAGCUGUGAUCGUCGUGGCAAUUGUGAUUCUCUUGGGUGUGAAAGUUGGCGCCUUCAAUGUUGGCGAUAAAGAUGUCCAGGAUGCUUGGACGGAAGUGUCAUCGCAAGUCCUGAACGGAGUCUUCACGUGGAUGGCAAUUACGGAUCAGCCUUCCUAUGUCUAUCGGCUGGUCAUGACGUCACGCGUGCUGGAUGCAAGUCGUACGGAGUCGAACAUCCAAGCAGCUCGCUAUUUGAGCAAACAUUUCCCAGAAACUUUUCAACUCAACUUCGGACAUCUGGAAGAUCAGUGCGGAUCUGUGAACUCGUCGCUAGAAACUGAGAAGGUUGUGUGCAUUGGCAACAUUUUUUUUCUCCACCAGGAUGCCAAAUAUCUGCAAACGGCAUACAUCUUCCUGAACUGUGGAUGUUUUCUCCAGUAUGUCAUGUCUGGAUAUAUGUGGGGCUAUGAUGAGUCUUCGCGUCCUGGAUUUGUGCUGCCUGCUCUGAUUCCGCCAAUUGUGCUGUGUAACGUUGUUGGUCAAUAUCGUUUGUACAAGCUUAACAAGAAGAUCAAGAACCCGCAAAACCUCACUCUUGGGUGUGCUCCAUAUCCUGAAAAUUUGUCAAGCACGCGCAACUCACUGGUGUCACCUCGGCCCUCGCUUGCGAUGACUGGUUCGAGCUGA